CUUUGUCAAGUGUCAAUUGGCAUAUUUGUGUCAUUUGUCAACAACUCAACACUAACCAAUCGCUGGCACUCGUGUUAUUAUUGUUUUAUAAGUUUAAAAAAAUCACUUUUGAUAAAUAGUAUAAAUAUUUUUUUAUCAUUUGUAUUUAUAAGUUUAAAACUAUCUAAAACACAAUGUCGGAAAAAGAGAAAACGAAAACCAACACGCAAUUAAUGAAACACCUACCAAAGGACGCUCAAGUUAUUAUGUCCAUAAUGAAAGAAAUUGGCAUCACAGAAUACGAGCCGAGGGUCGUGAACCAGCUCUUAGAAUUCACAUAUCGUUAUGUUACAUCCGUGUUGGAUGAUGCGAGAGUCUUUGCUAACCAUGCGAAGAAAAAAACAAUAGAUUUGGACGAUGUAAGAUUGGCGGUUCAGAUGCAAUUGGACAAAUCCUUCACGAAUCCUCCUCCCAGAGAAGUGCUCCUCGAGCUAGCGAGAGUAAAGAAUGUGAAUCCUCUUCCAUUAAUCAAACCACAUUGUGGCUUGCGGCUACCACCAGAUCGUUACUGUUUGUCAGCCUGCAAUUACCGUUUGAAACCAGCUCCAAAGAAAGUAGUCACUAAAGUUGCAAUACCGGCCACACCAACCAUGAAAACAGUGACCACGCCAAAACCAGGAGGACCACAGAAUGUUGUUGUGAAACGACCGCCCGGAGCCAUAGUUAAUGUGUCGUCAAAACCUAGUGUGGUUCCUAAACCAGUUCUCAAAUUCACAUCUAGUAGUAAGGUGGUAGCAAAACCAGCAGUCCGUGUCACAGCGGGCCCGUCCUCCCAGGGCCCCGUCAAGAUGGAGGUUGAUGAGGUCUCACAGAAAAGGAAACGUGAAGAUGAUGAUUAUGAUAUGUAAUUAAGUAUAGGUGUUUAAAAACAUAAUAUUAUUAAAGUUUAUUAUUAACGAUA